AAAAGUCGUUCGAAAACGCGCCCGCGAAGGAGACGAGGCACCGCCCUCCUCGUUCUCGAGGAAAGCGCACCGCACCGCACCGCCGCACCGCUGGCAGGCGAAGGACCAAAAGAGGCCGCCGACGGAAGCUCGCGCGCGGGAGGGAGGGAGAAGGCGCUAUGGCGGAGGCGGCCCCGGGUCGGACGCUGCUGCUGGUGAACCUGGCGGCCAUCAUGGAGCGCGCGGACGAGGCGCUCCUGCCGGCGGUGUACCGGGAGGUGGGCGCCGCGCUGCACGCCACGCCCAUGGGGCUCGGCGCGCUCACCUUGUACCGCUCCUUCGUGCAGGCCGCGUGCUACCCGCUCGCCGCCUACGCCGCCGUGCGCUACAACCGCGCCCACGUCAUCGCCGUGGGGGCCUUCCUCUGGGCCGCCGCCACCUUCCUCGUCGCCGUCUCCGGCACCUUCGCCCAGGUAGCAGUAGCUAGGGGAUUGAAUGGCGUUGGUCUAGCACUCGUCAAUCCUGCUAUCCAAUCUCUAGUGGCAGACUAUACUGAUCAUAAUACGCGGGGUUCUGCGUUUGGAUGGCUUCAACUUACAGGCAACAUAGGUUCAGUGAUUGGAGGCUUGUUCUCUAUCAUGCUAGCAUCAACCACAAUCAUGGGUAUCGCCGGCUGGCGUAUAGCAUUUCACAUUGUUGCUCUCAUCAGUGUGAUGGUCGGGGCGUUGGUCUAUCUGUUUGCAGUGGACCCUCAUUUCUGCAACAGCGAGAGUGACGAGCAGCUCGUGCGGAAGUCGGCGUGGGCAGAGAUGAAGGGUUUGGUUGCAGAAGCUAAGGCUGUUGUGAAGAUACCAUCGUUUCAGAUCAUCGUGGCUCAGGGUGUCACAGGGUCAUUCCCAUGGUCGGCAUUGUCGUUUGCCCCAAUGUGGUUGGAGCUGAUGGGCUUUACACACAACAAAACAGGACUUCUCAUGGCAAUAUUUGCAUUGGCAAGCUCACUUGGAGGGCUCUUUGGUGGAAAGAUGGGGGAUUAUCUCUCUGUUCGUUACCCGGAUUCUGGCAGGAUAGUGCUGUCUCAAAUAAGCUCGGGUUCUGCAGUCCCGCUUGCAGCUUUGUUGCUGCUUGCACUACCUGAUGACUCAUCUACUGGUGUCUUGCAUGGACUUGUUAUGUUUAUCAUGGGGCUAAGCAUCUCCUGGAAUGGCCCUGCUACUAACAGCCCCAUAUUUGCAGAGAUCGUUCCUGAGAGAUCAAGGGCAAGUAUCUACGCGCUGGACCGUUCCUUCGAGUCUGUCCUAGCCUCAUUUGCUCCACCAGUUGUCGGCUUAUUAGCCGAGCAUGCAUACGGCUACAACCCUAUCUCAUAUGGGUCUGGAGUGAGCAGUGUUGUGAGCGACAGGUCAAAUGCCGCAGCUCUAGCGAAAGCUCUUUACAUGGCGAUUGCCAUCCCGAUGCUGCUGUGCUGCUUCAUCUACUCGCUGUUGUACCGGACAUACCCACGCGACAGGGAGAGGGCAAGAAUGCACUCUCUUAUCACAUCGGAGUUGCAGCAUAUCGAGCUGGAAAGGUGUCAUGGAGUAGGAGAUUUCUACGCGGGAAGGGAGGAUGCCAUUGUGAUCGAUAUCGAGUAUGGUGAGGAAGAGCUUGAUGCUGAUGACGAUGAGAAAGCGUUGAUGCAUCACCAAGUUGAACACAGUGGUAGUCUCAGGUGAUUAGAGCGUGAUAUGUACAGGAAGUUGUGGAGAGUUCAGGAUUAUGCUUUGCAUAGGCGAGAAGAGAGAUUGCAUAUUUUCAGGGGAUCAGUUUGCCCGGGUGUUGUUUGCAGGUUGCAGCGAUACUGGAAUAGAUUUCCCUUUAGUUCUUAGUUUGUUGAUAGUAUAAAAAUAUUGGUUUACGCAGGACUGGUAAGCAGUAAUAAGAAGUGUUUGUAGAAGUAGUAACUUUUGGGGGUAGACAUGCAGGAGCACAAUUACCAGUUCAA